UGCCUCUUUCCACUGAGUUUAGUCAUUUUCGAGAUUGGGCUAGUGAAGCUUCUCCUCCACCUGCCUUGCCUUUGCCUGCUGCAUUGCAUUCUGUUCCACCGCCAAUAUUCAGAGGGAGUACAUUGCUAGAUUGUUCAGCAACUAAGGUGAUUCCAACUUCCUCUCAGCUUCCUACACAAGAUACCACAGAUGUUGUUGUUCUACCUACUUCCGCUGCUUUGCCCAUAUCUGCACCAUCAUCUGAC